AUGAAUAACAUCAAAGUCUCACAAUCAUUAUCAGUUAUUCAAGCUACAACGACAAAUAAAAUGAAGUGGAUUAGUAAAAUUGCUUAUGGAACGGGUCAAAUGCUUAAAGAUCUAGUUGCAGGAGUUAUCAGUAUAUUCUAUAUCAUAUUCUAUGAAGGUUGUAUCAGUUUGAGUAGUUCACAAGUUGGGGCAUUAUUACUGUGUGGUCAGAUUGCCAAUGGAUUAGCCACACCAUUGAUUGGUUAUUUAUCAGAUCGUCCACUCGGUCUAACUGAAAAACCGGCAACUGUUCAUCAGUCGAUAACGUGUGAAGAUGGAAGUGUAAAGAAGGAUAAGAGGUUGAUCAAUCGAAUGAAACGCCAGUUGAGACUUGGACAGAGAAAGUCAUGGCAUUUAGGUGGAUGUUUAUUGAUGCUUGUUGCUUUUCCGUUGAUGUUCGGACAACCGGAAUAUUUUGUUGGUCUUCCAAUUGUGGUGAAGUUAUUAAUCAAUGGCAUGUUUAUGAUUUGUGUUCAGGCUGUAAUAGGAAGAAAUACGUGGAAGAAUUAGCAAGGACGGCGGAAAAAGCUGCAAGAGAAGGAAAUAUGAAACAGGUUUACGAUACAACGAAGUAACUAGCAGGGAAAUACAGUAAACCAGAGAGACCGGUCAAAGACAAAGAAGGCAAGCCAAUCACUGAAACUCAACAACAGCGGAACAGAUUGGUAGAAUACUUCGAGGAACUCCUGAAUAGGCCAGCUCCAAUGAAUCCACCGGACAUCGAAGCAGCACACAUAGAUCUUCCUAUAGAUGUCAAUCCACCAACUACGGAAGAAAUCAGAAUGGCCAUCAGACAAAUAAAGAACGGGAAAGCAGCAGGACCCGACAACAUACCAGCUGAAGUACUGAAGUCAGACAUCGAAGUAUCCACAAGCAUGCUUUACCUUCUAUUCAAAAAGAUUUAGGAGGAGGAAAAAGUGCCGAUGGACUGGAAAGAAGGACACCUCGUCAAGAUUCCAAAGAAAGGAGAUCUGAACAAAUGUGAAAACUACAGAGGCAUUACACUACUGUCAGUACCAGGGAAAGUCUUUGACAGAGUGUUGCUGAACCGGAUGAAAGAUGCAGUAGACGAUCAACUUUGAGAUCAACAAGCUGGAUUCCGUAAGGAUCGGUCAUGCACAGACCAAAUUGCAACACUACGGAUCAUCGUUGAACAAUCAGUUGAGUGGAACUCGUCACUAUCCAUCAACUUCAUUGAUUAUGAAAAGACGUUUGAUAGUGUAGAUAGGAGAACGUUAUGGAAACUCCUUCGACACUACGGAGUUCCUGAGAAGAUUGCCAAUAUUAUCCGGAACUCAUACGACGGAUUACAGUGCAAGGUCGUGCAUGGAGGACAGCUGACAGACGCACUCCAAGAAAGGACCGGAGUCAGACAAAACUACCUACUCUCUCCCUUCCUCUUUCUUCUGGUGAUCGACUGGAUUAUGAAGACCUCGACAUCUGAGAGAAAACACAGCAUACAAUGGACAGCUCAGAAUCAAUUAGACGAUUUGGUUUUCGCAGAUGACCUAGCCCUCC